AUGAGUUCUCACGCGGAGGCCGAUUCAGGUGCCUUGCAAGCGGCUGGGCUUCCUCUGCCGCCUGGAGAGGCGUGCCCGCCACGCGAGCCUGCACUCGCCUCGACUUCUGAGCCUCCGCCGUCAUCUAGGAUUCGCCGAAGACGAUCUUUCAUGCUGGCAGACUUCGGCGGGGCUUCCUCUGAGCGGGUUGGAGACUCUUUCGCGCCACUGUUUUCUGCGAAACCUGCGCUUGGCGCCGCGGCGGCAGACGUCGGCGGCGAGCCGCAAGGCGCUGGGGAAGCGGCGCCCGCAGAGGACAGCGGCGGCCUCGGAGCUCGGCCUGCGAGUAGAGGCGCGGCGAACCCCAAGUUCGUGGGAGGAUUCGACAGGUGCCCACGCGCACGCGAGAGGGGCGCCAGCGGAGACGAAGAGGGAGUCGCCGCGUUUCGCAGCGGCGGGGAGGCGCGCGCGGUCUCGCAUGGCGACGGCGACCGCGGGGAGCGUGCGUCGGCUUUCGUCGCGGGCGGUGGCGCGCGAACGCUGCGCGCUGAGCGAGAGGCGAGGACGCGGGAAGCUGAGAGGCCCCCAGGCGAGUCGCGUUCUGCGCGGUUCCUGCGCAUCGCCAAGGCGUCUGUGACCCCGGUGAUGGAUCGCAAUACGAUGAUGAGCUUGACGCUCGGCGGCGACGCUCAGGGCUUUGCGAGCGCCGUGGUCGAGUCGCCGCCGCGCCGCGUGCAGCCGCGGCGGUACGCGUCGCAGCCCGACUUCGACGUCGAGCUUGACCGCCUCGAGGCGCUGCAUGCGGACGAAGCGUUCACGAGGCCUGGCUACAGGCGGACCUCCUCCGUCUCGUCGCCCUCGCACGCGAGCGGCUUCGAGUUCUCUCUCGCGCAAGGCGCGGACGCCCCGCACCCAGAGUCACCCACGCGUGCGGCGCUCCUGCCUACCCCGUACCCCGUUGGCAGCGCGAUCUGCGGAGGCCACGGCGGCGAAGGAGCGCGCGCCUCUCGCCGCGAGAUCGUUGACGUGUUCACUCAGCAGCGCGCGGGAGUCGAGGGUGCAGAGGAUCCGGAGGGCUGUUUUUCCCAGUUUUUUCUGUUUGGGACGUUCUCGGGGCGCGGGAGGUGGGUCAGCAAGCAGGAGUACUUCCUCACCAGCAUUUGCUACGCCGUUGGACUGGGGAACAUCUGGCGCUUUCCUUCGCUCUGCUACGUGAACGGCGGCGGCGCCUUCCUCAUCGCCUACUUCGUCUCGCUGCUGCUCCUCGGCUUCCCGAUGUUCCUCCUCGAGUCCGCCGUGGGUCAGAAGGUCCAAGAAGGCUUCCUCCGCGCCUGGAAGGAGAUUUGGUCGUUCUUCGCGGGCAUCGGCCUCAGCUCCGUCUGCCUAGCGUUCAUCUGCGCGAUUUACUACAACGUCAUUCUCUCCUGGGCUCUGUUCUACUUCUUUUCCUCCUUUGGCUCCACCCUGCCGUGGACUGAGCAGCCCGGAGACACCUCCGGCGCCAUCAACGCGGUUGAUAAGGUCAAACGCUACUUCCUCGUUGACUGCCUUCAAAAGGCGGAAAGCAUGAGUGGAGGCUCUCCCGAGGGCGUGGACGUCUCGCUCAACGUCCGCCUGCUGCUGUGCCUCGUGCUCGCGUGGCUCCUCUCCUUCCUCUCUGUUUGGCGGAGUCUGCGCCCGCGUGGAAAGGCCAUCCUCUUCACAGCUGUCGUUCCCUACGUCGUCUUGCUUCUCAUGGUUGGCCGUGGCCUCUCCCUCUCUGGAGCGAGCGCUGGUCUGUCGCUUUACUUCACUCCGCAGUGGCGGCUGCUGCUCGAGCCGCGGACCUGGGCGGUGGCUGGCUCGCAAGUUUUCUUCAGCUUAGGCAUCGCCUGGGGGUCGCUGGUCAGUUUCGCGAGCUUCAACCCUGUCGAAAACAACUUUGUCAAAGACGCAGUUGUCAUCACAGGCAUCAGCGGCGUCACAGCUUUCCUCGCGGGCCUCGGCGUCUUCGCCGUCAUCGGCAACAUGGCGCUCGUCUCCGGUCAGCCUGUGGAUGAGGUAGCCCGAGUCGGGAGCGGCUUGGCGUUCAUCGCGUAUCCGUACGCGCUCGGGUCCCUGCCGCUGGCGCCGUUUUUCUCUGUGUGUUUUUUCUUUCUCUUCAUUUGCUUGACGGUGAACAGUCAGUUCGCCAUGCUGGAGAUCAUCAUGACGGCGUUCAUCGAGGCGUCGCUUUUCCGCUCCUGGCCGCAGUCGCUUCUCGCCUUCGUGCUCUGCGUUGUUCUCUUCCUCAUGGGGCUGGUCUUCGUGUCGCCCGUCGGGAUCUACUGGGUCGACUUGCUUGACACCUUCGCGGGCACCGUCUCUCUCUCUCUCGUCGCGCUAUGCGAAGUGCUGGCGGUAGUGCUCCACUACGACCUGGGCAAACUCACCGUGCAAGUCGCCCCUGCGCUAGAAUCGCCCUCUUCGCGUUCCUCCUCGCUUGUCUCUCCUCACCAGUUGCGAGCGGCCUCGUGCGCCUCAAGGAGCGGCGCCGCAGCGGCAGCCAUGUCCCGUCCCGCCUCCUCUCUCGCGCCCUCGUCGCCUCCAUCGUCGCCGUCGUCGUCUUCGCCUUCUGCCUCUUCGCUUCCUUCGCUCCCUCGGCUCUCCUCAGGGCGGUUCGCGACGUCGCGCAGGUCGCUGUCGCUCUCGCGGCCGUCUUCGCCUCAGCCGCUACCCGUUGUUCCGUCGCGGCGAGGCUGCCUGGAGGCCGCCAGUGUGGAGCCGAAGAAACGCAGCGCCGCGGACUCGAGGCGAAACUCUCCGCUGGGGCUGCCCGCGCUCUCACGGGCAUGCGGCAGCGGCCUCUUUUCGCGGCGCCGAUCCUCGUCGUUCUCAGCGUCCAUGGGCUCGCCGAUGGCCUCUCCAACUGCCGUAGGGGGGGGGCCUGCGCCCUUGGCGUCCGCCGGCUCGCUCGCGCCUGGGGAGCAAGCCCCUCCCCCUGCGGUCUCGCAGCAGGCGCGGGUCGCGGCGUCGCCCUCGUAUUCGGUGCGCAUCUCGGACCCAGCCGAGGCCGUCUCCACUCGGAAGCGGCGCCGACAGAAGCUCGACGUCUUUUCUAUGUUUCUCUUCUCCUCGCCGCAUCUGAGGCGCUACCUGACACUUCUUCUGCCACUCCUGCUCGUGCUGCUCACGCUCUGCGGCCUGCGCUGGUUCGCCUCGCCCGGUGCGCCCGCGUCGGGGCUGGGCAGCAAGCAGCUCGGCGGGCGCGGGCUGGGCUGCCUGGGCAGCCCCGUGGCCUGCACUGGACAUGGAAAGUGUGUGCUCUGUGGAGACGAAACAGACACGCUGACACCGCGGGACUUUGCGCGCGAAAGGGAAGAGCUGGCCCGGGAACUGGGAAAGGGCGAAGAGCCCGGAAAAAUACGUAUCUUCGCCGUCGUCGAGAGCGACCAGCCGUCCGAAGAGACAGUGCAGGCCAUCGAGACGCAGAGCGAAACGGGGACGGCAGAAGGAAGCAAGGAUGAAGCUGUGGGAUCGCCAAAGGAAACCCGGUCGGUUCCGCCCGCUGGAGAUGCCUCGACGGAGCCAGCUGGCGCUCCGGCGGCGCCUCCAUCUCCUUCCUCUCCCGACGCUUCUGCGUCGCCUGAGGCUUCUGCGUCGCCCGAGGCUUCUUUACCCUACUCGCCCUCGUUGCCUGCGCCUGCAGCGUCUCCUCCGGCCGCGGAAUCUCCUGGUCUGUCUCCGCCUUCGGCGUCUUCGGCUCCAUCCUCUUCUGGUGCAGCGGAGGCGGCGGAAGUUCGUGCAGCUGCUGAGGAAAACGCGGUCGGUCAAGAGGCCCGGAGACUAGAGGAAGACGCGGAGCGAGGCCGGAAGGCCGCUGUGGAGGAGGAAGGUUCCUUCACCUCCGCGCAGCGGCGACCGAGCGAGGAACGGCGGCUCGCCUCUUCGCCUGAGGACGCCUCGUCUUCGGGGUCUCCUUUUCUCCAGAAAAGAGGCUUCUCGUCGUCGGUGGUGCCCGAUCCUCUCCCCUUCGCCCCUCGCCUCAUGGCCUCGUCUCCGUCGCUGUCCCCACCGUCAGCGGCGUCUCUCGAGGCUCUCUCUGUCGGCGGGGCCCAGCGGCCGGCGCCUCCGCCCGCGGCAGGCCCCUCGGCUCUCUCGGCGGGUGCCGGCGCGUCGCGGGCCGAGCCAGAUUCGCCUUCGUUCGCCGCACGCGCGGCCGCGGCGCCCUCGACGGCUGCAACGGACUGCGUGGACUUCAGCAUGUGUUUCUGCCUCCCGGGCUGGGGCGGGCUGGACUGCAGUCAGCCGCUCGCCUCGCAGGAGGAGAAAUGGUGCCCAGAGAACUGCAACGCCGAGAGAGGCCACGGCGUCUGCGACGCCCGCGCGGGGCGCUGCGUGUGCGCCUGGGAGUUCCGGGGGCCCUCCUGCAGGGGCUGGCGAUACGCCGAGGGUUGGCCUGAGUGGGGCCUGCUGCUCGGCUGGCUGGUCACGCUCGGCACGGUGCUGCCGAUUCCGCUCGUGCUGCUCGCGAAGUCGAUUCGCAGGCGCUUCUUCGAGCGCCUCGACCGCGCCCGCCCCGAGGCUGGCCGCCGCCCCGACGCGCCCUGCGGCGGCGGCGGCGCUGGAGACGCUCGCGGCAGGCGCCGGAGGCCCGCGGGCGGCGAGCGGAGCCGCGCCGAGAGGUCGCGGGCGUCAGCAGCCGUCGUCCUCAAAGGCACGCCGGUGAAUCUCCGCGCUGGAGGCGACAGGCGCCGAGCCGCGGAGGACGCGCGCGACGCGGAGCGGACGCAAGUGGAUGCGCAGGCCGCGCAUCCACUUGCUAUGCACUGCGUGAUAGGAAAACUGGUGGCUGAGGCAGGUGAAGUGACGCCUGGCAAGGCGUAG